ACCAGGGAGCGCAAUGGGCUGGGCUUAGGCCUUUUUCAAGUAAUGGGAGGGACAUUUCUCUACUCGACUGCUCAUCCAUCUGCAGGCAGGCCCAGGCUGGGGUCCUACCGGAGCAUAGGGCCCCCUGUGUGGACGCACCCUCCAGGGAGAAGUCCCUGCCAGUCUGUCUGGGGACACUGCCGCCGCCAGGGCAGGGCAGGGAGAGGUGCCGGGCAGGGCCAGCUGGCUGCCGCUGCCCUGAUCCUCGCCCUCUGAGAGCGCAUGGUGGGGGCGGUGGCCGCAGCGUUCCUGGCUGGGAGCCCAGAGGAGUCUUUUGUAAUCACAACAUGAUCUCGUGUGCUGAGCAGCGAAGCCGGCAGGGAGAGGCCGGCAGAGGCCCGGCUCCAGUGGCUCCCGCUUCCCUCCUGCUCUGGCUCCCCCGGGGCUGCUCUGGAAUUCUCUCCGUGCCCGCUGUUGCCAUGCACUCGGCUGGGCCUCAUGGGGCUGAGUCCCCAGGGAGCAGGCAGGAGGACAAGGAUGCAGAGCUGGACCGGAGGAUAGUUGCCCUUCGCAAGAAGAACCAGGCCUUGCUGCGCAGGUACCAGGAGAUCCAGGAAGACCGGCGGCAGGCAGAGCAGGGGGGCAUGGCUGUGACCAUGCCGGAGCUCCUCCAUCCUGACGGCCUCACCAUCACCAUCAGCCAGGGGAAGCGGAUAGUCAGCCGGAACUGGGCAAGGAGCACCCUUGGACCUGGAGCAGCCGAUGAGAUGCUUGGGGAUGAAGAAGUAGAGGUCCACACUGGUGCCUUCUGCUUGGGAGAGCGGGUGGAGCUGGCCGUGACCAUGGAAAACAAAGCCGAGGCCAAGCGGAUCGUAAGUGAGAAGCCCACCAGAGCAAGAAGCCAGGGGGCAGAAGGGUCACCUGGAGGGGGCUUGGGCCGAAGCCCCUCUAUGCCGACGGCCAUCAGCUCAGAUUCUGCACGGAAGGGUGUCCGGGAGCCCCGGAGUCCAGGCCUGCUCCCAGGCCCAGCUCCCCGCUGGCCUGUGGGGGGCCCCCCAGAGGCGGGCUGGGACUACGCCCAGUGGAAGCAGGAGCGAGAGCAGAUCGACCUGGCCCGCCUGGCGCGGCACAGAGAUGCACAGGGUGACUGGCGCCGCCCGUGGGACCUGGACAAGGCCAAGCCCACGCUACAGGACUCCAGCAAGCCUCGGGACGAGUGUCCGGCCAGGGUGGGCAGCACGCGGGGUCCCAGGAGCCACCGAAAGCUACAGCCCCCACCACUGCCCCCUGAUGGCAAAGGCGGUACUACUUGGGGUGGGCAACCCAGCAGACCCUUGCUGGCGCCGGCCACACGCAGCAAAGCUCGAGGGACAGAGAGGCUGACUGGCAGGGCCCGCAGGUGGGAAACGAAGGAAGCCAAGGAGGAGCUGGAGAACCAGGAGGGAAGCCAAAGCACCAGAAAGACUCCGAAUGAGAAGGAACACGUGCAGACUCAGAGCAAGAUGGAGCCGGGCAGACCCACGAGCGCCCCGGCCACCAGCCCAGCCCCACCCACGAGCGCCCCGGCCACCAGCCCAGCCCCACCCACGAGCGCCCCGGCCACCAGCCCAGCCCCAGCAUCAGCAUCGCCACAGGGGCCAAAAGGGGAGUCAGGAGCUUGGACAGCCAGUCCAGAGCCUGGCUCUCCACAAAACACGGACUUGGUUCCCCUCGACCUCUCUCUAGGAGGCACCAGUAGCCCUGGGCCUGGGGAGAGCACACGCGUACUCAGUCCAAGACCUGGGGCUCAGGAGAGCCCUGUGUCCUGGCCGGAGGGUCACGAGCAGCCCCUGGGGUGGACGGAGCCCCAGGCUGAGCCGGAAGCCCCUCCUUGUUCUGGGCCCCCAAAAGAGGCAGGGCCCCUGGAACCCAGAGAAAACAGGCCUGGCAAGGCUGGGGCCCAGCAGGGCCUGGCGCCUCGAAGCAGGCCCCCCCGAGGAGGCAGCCAAAGGUUGAGGGGCACAGGAGGAAUGAGGAGCAGGACAGGGGGUCCUGGCCCUGCAGGAAGAUGCUGAGCAAAGCUCCUGGGAGCAGGUGGCCCGGCUGGGGAGAGGAGGAGGGAGAAUGCCGUCCACAGUCUUGCCAUGGGCAUGUGGUGGCUGGUGGCUGUGGCAGCCUGGCUGAGCAAUUUGGCAAACUCUCCAGUGGAGUGACACCGUGAAGGCAAGGAGCCAAGCCCUGCCCCUCACAGGAACCCCCCCCCACCAUGCACAUGUGUGUUCUCACCUGCAGGUAGAGCCACACCUGGUCUAUGAGGCUGGUGAGCCCUGUCCCGAGCCCACUGCCGCCCAGGCCACAAGCUCCCCGACCACACGAGAGGACAAGGCUUGGAAGCACUCAGCACCUGGCCCACCUGGCUUCUGUCCCCCUCAGGGCCAGGCCUCCCUCUCCAACUGCCAGCUCCUGGCUCCUCACGGACAGGCAGCCUCAGCAGCUGGCGUGGCCAGCCCAGGCCCAGGCCCUUUCCUAUACUCCUGCCCUGCACCCAGGUGAAUCACAGUCCCCGACUCACAAGACGGCCAACCUGGCGAUCUCACAAUCAGCUGGCAGCCUCCUGUCCUUCAGGAAGAGGAGGCUGAGGCCCAGAGAAAGCCACAGCCGGCAGGGAUGGAGCUGGGGACAGAAGAAAGCAGGGGUCUCUGGAAAGUCUCUGAAACGGCGGGGAGGGCAGUGAGGAGGGGAUAGCUUCCUCUCCCUACAGCAGGUGGGGCAGCUCACUGUCAGGGUCCUCCUCCCCACCCCAGGGUCAGACAUCGAGUGCACCCUGGAUGGGGGCAGGGGGAGCCUGCCAUCUCCAACUUCCUCUUCCUGCCGCCUCCCUGCACUGUGUCAUGCCAAAGCAAGGUCUCAGCUGGGGACUCAAGAGGCAGAGAAACAGCGACUCCAGCAAAGUACAACAUCAGGACUUGUCUUUCCUACUUCGUCUCCGUUCCUGCCCCUCUCCUGAGGCCUACGUCUGGUGAAUUAUCCAGACUCCGCGCAAGCUGUGGCUUCCUCUCAAUUCAACAAACAUUUCCUGAGCACCCACUACCAGCAAUGCAGCCAGUGGGCGAUGGUGACUUUGCCAGCAAGAGGGAGGGAAGAAACUCUGUCAUCCGGCAGAUCCAGGCUGCACGGCAGGAGCUGUUCUUGGCUGUAGGUGCCCGACAGGGGCUGGGGAUGGUGGUAGGAGCCCAGAGGGAACCAUCUCACCGCUGCUCUGCUCGCAAAGGCAGGCGCACCUUCCUUUCCCAUCGUGUGUACUCUUUGCCCCCAAGCCCCUGCUUGAAUCUCCCCACGUGACCCUGCCAUGGUUGUUCCUCUCUGCGGCAGUCCCUGGCCUCACCAGCCUCUCUGUGUUCUCUAGGGAGUGUCCAGACCAUUCCCAGCGUUUCUCCAUGGUCAGUGAGGCCUAAACUGUGGCUCAACUGUGUGAGGGCCGGGCCUCCUCCCUGGCUUUUGCUCUGCUCUCCACCCCCUCUACUGAGGAGGCAUGAGGAGGGGGUGUCUUUGGUAGAUUAGAUUGUUUAGAGCAGUGCUUCUCACACAGUGAAGUGCAGGGUAGUGUAGAUUCUAACUUGGGAGGUCUGGGCUGGGCCUGGGAAUUUGAAUUUCUAACAGGCUCCUGGUGCUGCUUCUGCUGCUGGUUCCUGGACCACACUUUGAGAGUAAAGGUUUGCACUAGACUAUAUGGAGGGCUAGGGGCAAAGACAGAUUCUCCACUCUAAGGGCUGGCUGCUGGCUCUGUAGGAGGUAGGGGUAGGAGGUAGGAGGUAGCCCCUGCCCGGUGGGAGCUUCCUGGCCUCAGAAUUGGGUGGGAAGCUGAGGCACUGGGUAGAUGCUUGGGAGCGGGUGGUGCCAACUUCCUGUAGUGGGGAGUGAGAAAGCUGGUUGGGAACGGGAUGAGGUGAAGGGGGUUGGAAGAGGUGGGGCUUGACCAGAGGAAUUUUGGAAAGGCUUGGGAACAUUCUGUGCAUAUGGGAAGAAGACCCCUCUGAGAUAUGAAAAGGCAAGGGUGAAAGAUUCCAAGCUCAAGUUUUCCUCUUGCCUUCCAGCCACACGUAGGUGGCUUCAGAGCAUGGCACUGGCUCUGGAACCCAUGAGUCCCAAAGGAUGGAGCUGGGGUACAGUAGGUUCAGGUAGAGCCCUCAAAUUCAGAUGUCUCCCAAAUAAUUGUGAUCCAGAAUUUGAAUUCUAAGAUUCACAAACUUCCUCCAACCAACAGUGCUGCCAACUGCACAGAAGUGCCUUCAUUAAAGUGUAUGUGCCAAGGCAUGUCUGAUUAUGGGAUGGGGAUGUAGAGUUUGGGCAGAGCUCUUGUUGAGGCCUCACAACGAGACCUGAGCAGGAGAGGAAGAUGGGCAAAAGGGCUGUGGAGAAAUAUAGGGCUUCUCUCCCUUCUGGAUGUUAGGAGAGACGGAUGGCAUGGGAGUGAGUCACUAGGGCUUGGAGAGAAUGGAGUCUGGCACAGGACAUCUUCGUUAUGGGAAGAUUGUAGUGUGAGGCAAGUAUCACUAAGCUUUUCUCAAAAAAGGGGAGCCUUUCUUCAGGAGCAAUGAACCAGCAGCUCUGGUGGCCACCCCUCUUGCUCUAGGAUAGAAACAGCUAAGAAACAGGAGGGAAGGGUAGACAUCCCUCCACAAAGCUGGGGGCCAUGGAAGGCUGGUCUGUUUCUUCCUGGCUCCUUUGGUUAAAGGCGGGGCUGGGAGCCUUCUUGGAUUCCCUUCUCCUCGCCAACCAAUGGACUAGACUGAGCCUCAAAGAUGGGAAGUUCUUCACGGCACAUGGCUUCAGGAGCCCAGGCACAGAGCUGGAGGAACUGACAAGGGAGAGCACAGAGGGUAGUAGGGAGCCAGCAGGGACAUGACAGCUUUACCUAAGGUCUCAAAACAAGGAGGGCAGAAGAGGUGGAAGGCAUCUCUGUCCUGGUCCAUAUCACCUUACAGAGGGGAGCAGCAGACCACACUGCAAGGGAGGUAUUGUGGGGAUGACAGGCAGCAUGGUAGAGGGGAACAAACAUGGGCCUUGGGACCCGAGAGACGGAAUCUGAACCCUAGGCCUGCCACGUGCUAGCUGGAUGACUCUGGUUAAUUUUAACCUCUAAAAGUCUCAGUUUUCUUGUCUGCAAAAUGGAGCUAGUAAUACCUAUGUUGAAGGGUUGCUAAGAAAAUUAAAGGUGAGAAUAUGCAAAAUAUACCUGGCACACAGUAGGCACUCUAUUAACAGUAGCCUGGCACACAGGAGGCACUCAGUAAAUAUUUGUCGAAUAAAUAAAGUAGCUAU